GUGCCGUGUCCUGCAAAGCGGCGGCGGUCCCCGUCCGAUGGGAGGAUGGUUGUUCUCAGGCAGUUUGGGCUGCUCCUCUGGAAGAACUACAUCCUGCAGAAACGGCAGAUUUUGGUAACGGUCAUAGAAAUCUGCCUCCCGCUGCUGUUUGCUGCCAUCCUGAUUGCGCUCCGGCAUCGGGUGCACUCCAUCAGCCACCCCAACGCCACCAUCUACCCCGCCGAGUCCGUGGAUGACCUGCCGGGCUUCUUCUACCGCCGGCACCCGAGCAACCCCUGGGAGCUGGCGUACGUCCCCUCCAACAGCAGCGCCGUGAGGAGCAUCGCCGAGGCGGUGGAGAGAGCUUUACCCAUCAGCAUCCGAGCUCAGGGCUUCGCCUCGGAGAGGGAGUUUGAGGAAUACGUCAGGGUGGACAACCGCUCGGGCAGCGUGCUGGCUGCUGUCGUCUUCAAGCACCGCUUCAGCCACAGCGGGGCCCCGCUGCCCCUCCAGGUGGACUAUGAGCUGCGCUUCAAGUACAGCCCCAGGAACGCGCCACGGAGCGAGCAGACGGGCCUGAACCCCAACCUGGACCGUGACUGGCACACCAGCUACCUCUUCCCACUCUUCCAGCUGCCCGGCCCCCGGGAGGCCAAGUUUGCGGAUGGGGGAACGCCAGGUUAUAUCCGAGAAGGCUUCCUGGCAGUGCAGCAUGCUGUGGACAGGGCCAUCAUGCAGUACCAUGCCAACGCUACCGCCGCCAGCCUGCUGGAGAACAUCACGGUGGUGGUGCAGCGCUUCCCCUACCCGCCCUACGUCAACGACCUCUUUGUCCUCGCCAUCCAGAACCAGCUUCCCCUGCUGCUCAUGCUCAGCUUCACCUACACCUCGCUCAACAUCGUCCGCGCCGUCGUGCACGAGAAGGAGAAGAAGCUGAAGGAGUACAUGCAUAUGAUGGGGCUCAGCAACUGGUUGCACUGGAGCGCCUGGUUCCUCAUGUUCUUCCUCUUCCUCCUGGUGUCCGUGUUCUUCGUCACCGUGCUCUUCUGUGUCAAGGUGAGCGAGCAAGGCGCGGUGCUUACCAACAGCGACCCCACGCUAGUGUUCACCUUCCUCGCCAUCUUCUCCAUCUCCUCCAUCUCCUUCAACUUCAUGGUGAGCACCUUCUUCUCGAGAGCAAAUGUUGCGGCUGCUGCCGGUGGCUUCCUGUACUUCUUCUCCUACAUCCCCUACUUCUUCAUCUCGCCUCGCUACGACCUCAUGUCCCACAGCCAGAAGCUGGCGUCCUGCCUUAUCUCCAACGUGGCCAUGGCCAUGGGGGCACAGCUUAUAGGCAUGUUUGAAGGAAAAGGGACUGGCAUUCAGUGGAGGGACCUCAUGAAGCCCAUCAGCGUGGACGACAACUUCACCUUGGCACAAGUCCUGGGGAUGCUGCUCCUGGACUCGGUGCUCUAUGGCCUGGUGGCCUGGUACGUGGAGGCUGUCUUCCCGGGGGAGUACGGCGUGCCGCAGCCCUGGUAUUUCUUCCUGACGCCCUCGUACUGGUGCGGGCGCCCCAGGACUGUCGUGGGAAAAGAGAAGGAAGAGGAAGAGGACCCUGAGAAAGCCCUGAAGAGCCAGUACAUUGAGGAGGAGCCUUCUGACCUCGUGUCAGGAAUCAAAAUAAAGCACCUGUCCAAGGUCUUCCGAGUGGGAAACAAGGUGAAAGAGGCAGUCAAGGACUUAACGGUGAACAUGUAUGAAGGGCAGAUCACCGUUCUGUUGGGACACAACGGUGCUGGGAAGACGACCACUCUGUCCAUGCUCACAGGUCUGUACUCCCCGACGAGCGGGCAGGCGUACAUCAACGGCUACGAGAUCUCGCAGGACAUGGUGCUGAUCCGCCGGAGCCUGGGGCUGUGUCCCCAGCACGACGUGCUCUUCGACAACAUGACGGUGGAGGAGCACCUCCACUUCUACGCAGGGCUGAAGGGAUUCCCAGCCUCCAAGUGCCCCGAGGAGAUCAACCACGUCCUGCGGAUCCUUAACCUGGAGGACAAACGCCACUCGCUGACCAAGGCGCUCUCCGGCGGCAUGAAGCGAAAGCUCUCCAUCGGCAUCGCCCUCAUCGGGGACUCCAAGGUGGUGAUGCUGGAUGAGCCGACAUCGGGGAUGGACCCAGCCUCUCGCCGAGCCACCUGGGACCUCCUUCAGCAGCAGAGGAGCAACCGCACCAUCCUGCUGACCACCCACUUCAUGGACGAGGCUGACCUGCUGGGGGACCGCAUAGCUAUCAUGGCCAAGGGCGAGCUGCAGUGCUGUGGCUCCUCGCUCUUCCUCAAACGUAAAUACGGGGCAGGAUACCACAUGGUGAUGGUGAAAGAGCCUUACUGUAACCUGGGGGAGAUCUCCCGCCUCAUCUGUCAGUACGUGCCCAACGCCACCAUGGAGAGCAAUGCCGGGGCAGAGCUGUCCUUCAUCCUCCCCAAAGAGAGCACGCACAGGUUUGAGGCCCUGUUCACGGAGCUGGAGCAGAAGCGGGAGGAGCUGGGCAUCGCAAGCUACGGUGCCUCUGUCACCACCAUGGAGGAAGUCUUCCUGAGAGUUGGGAAGCUGGUGGACUCCAGCAUGGACAUCCAGGCCAUCCAGCUGCCUGCUCUGCAGUACCAGCACGAGAGGCGUUCCAACGACUGGGCCAUGGACGACUCCAGCAGCCUGAGCGGGAUGACGGACAUGACGGAUGACAGCGGAGCGCUCAUCACGGAGGACUGCUCCAGCAUCAAGCUCAACACCGGGUUCUACCUGUGCUGCCAGCAGUUCUAUGCCAUGUUCAUGAAGCGAGCCAUGUACAGCUGGCGCAACUGGAAGAUGGUGGCAGCGCAGUUCCUCGUGCCUCUGAUCUUCACCGCCUUUGCCCUCAUCGUGGCCAAGACCUUCCCAGGACCCAGGGACUCCUCCCUGCUGAGGCUGACGCUGGAGCCCUACGGCCAGACCAUUGUGCCUUUCUCCGUCCCGGCCACCUCGGGUCUGCAGCAGAAGCUGGCAGAGCAGUACGUGGAGCUGCUGGAUGCCCAGCGUCAGGCGCCGCUGGAGGUGCUGGCAGGUGGCCUGGAGGAGUACCUCAUCUCAAGAGCAUCUGAGGAGGGGGGAGCCUUCAACGAGCACUACAUCGCUGCCGCCUCCUUCGAAGGAGCUGGAAACCGCACGAUGGUCACCGCGCUGUUCAACAACCAGGCCUAUCACUCCCCCGCCACGGCCCUAAUGCUGGCCGACAACGCUGUCUUCAGGGUGCUGGCAGGCCCCAACGCCUCCAUCACGGUCACCAACUACCCUCAGCCCCGCAACAUCACCGAGAAGGCCAAAGACCAGCUCAUGGAGGGCCAGACCGGGUUUGCCAUUGCGAUCAACUUGCUGUACGGCAUGGCCUCGCUUGCCAGCACCUUUGCCCUCCUGCUGGUCAGUGAGCGGGCCAUCAAGGCCAAGCACGUCCAGUUCGUCAGUGGUGUCUACGUGGUCAACUUCUGGCUGUCCGCCCUGCUCUGGGACAUCAUCAACUUUCUCAUUCCCUGUGCUCUGAUGCUGGUGAUAUUCCAAGCCUUUGACGUGCAAGCCUUCACGCAAGACAGCCACCUCGUCGAUGUGAUGCUGAUCUUCCUCCUUUAUGGCUGGGCCAUCAUCCCCCUUAUGUACCUCCUCAGCUUCUUCUUCUCGGUGGCAGCCACUGCCUACACCCGUCUCACCAUCUUCAACAUCCUCUCGGGCACAGCCACCUUCCUUGCUGUCACCAUCAUGAGCAUCCCAGAGCUGGGCUUGGUGGACCUCUCCAGAACCCUGGAUAAAGUCUUUCUCGCCUUACCCAAUUACUGCUUGGGCCAGUGCAUCAGUGACUUCUACCAGAACUACGAGUUCAUUCAGUUCUGCACCUCCUCUGUUGAAGCCAUCUUCAUCUGCAAGGCAUUCAAUAUCAGCUAUCAGAUGAACUACUUUUCCUGGGAGUCGCCUGGGAUCGGGCGGUACUUGACCUCCUUGACCAUCCAGGGCUUCUCCUUCCUCUUCCUCCUCUUCCUCAUCGAGACAAACCUUCUCUGGAGACUGAGAACUUUGGUCUGUGGCAUCUGCAGGCGGCGGAAGUGGGUGGCACUGCUGAACAGGGUGUCUGUGCUUCCCGAGGACCGCGAUGUAGCAGAUGAGAGGAAAAAGGUUUUGGAGUCACCACCAGAGCUGCUGUCAUCUCUGAGCAGCCCCCUGGUCAUCAAGGAGCUCACUAAGGUCUACGACAGCCGGGAGUCCCUGCUGGCAGUGGACAGGAUCUCCUUGGCAGUCAGCAAAGGGGAAUGCUUUGGUCUUCUGGGCUUCAACGGAGCGGGCAAAACCACCACGUUCAAGAUGCUGACAGGUGAUGAGAGCAUCACGUCAGGGGAUGCCUUUGUGGAUGGCCACAGCAUUCUGGCCAACAUCAAGAAGGUCCAGCAGCGGAUCGGGUACUGCCCGCAGUUCGAUGCCCUCCUGGACCACAUGACGGGCCGCGAGACCCUCAGCAUGUACGCCCGGCUGCGGGGCAUCCCCGAGCGCUACAUCGGCAGCUGCGUGGAGAACAUGCUGAGGGGGCUGCUCCUGGAACCCCACGCGGACAAGCUCGUGAGGACCUACAGCGGUGGCAACAAGCGGAAGCUGAGCGCCGGCAUCGCCCUCAUUGGCGGCCCCCCCGUCAUCUUCCUGGAUGAGCCCUCCACCGGCAUGGACCCUGUGGCCCGGCGUUUGCUCUGGGACGCCGUGACGCGGACGCGGGAGUGUGGCAAAUCCAUCAUCUUCACCUCCCACAGCAUGGAGGAGUGCGAGGCCCUGUGCACGCGGCUGGCCAUCAUGGUGAACGGGCAGUUCAAGUGCCUGGGCAGCCCCCAGCACCUGAAGAGCAAGUUCGGCAGCGGCUACACCUUGCUGGCCAAAACGCGGAGCGACGAGGAAGGCGAGCUGCAGGCCUUCAAGGCCUUCGUGGAGAAGACUUUCCCAGGCAGUGUCCUGAAGCACGAGCACCAGGGCAUGGUGCAUUACCACUUGACCAACAAGAACCUCAGCUGGGCACAGGUCUUUGGGGCCUUGGAGAAAGCCAAAGAGAAGUACCGCUUAGAAGACUAUUCGGUUAGCCAGAUCUCCCUGGAGCAAGUCUUCAUGAGCUUCACUCGCUUCCAGCACUACACAGAGGACAGAGGGAAAUGAGCAAAAGCCCCCCGGUGUCCUUCUUCAUGGACUGGCCCUGCUGCCUAUACAUAGUAUAUAUAGAGACAGUAAUUUAUAUAUCGGCGUGUGUCUUCAAUAAUGUAUAAAUGUAAGAAAAUUUU